AUGUUCUCAGGCGGUAUGCAUCCACGGCCGCCUAGUAGCGCGCCUCAGUCCCAGUUCAAACAACCUCCAUUCUCUGAUCGCCCUCGGCUCUUCUGCUGCCCCGUUGCAGAGAGUAAUAUCGGCCACCUGCCAAGAAGCUUUAUCAAUCCUGGCCGCCAUCUCAUGAACCUUCAACUACGGUCAUUUUUUGAAUGCGCUGACGAUCCUGCCUACACGAUACCUCGCUGCGACGUCUCUCACAUCAUCGAAGUCACGACACGAAGCAUUCACAACAGCUUUGGUAGCGAAGCUGAGUCGGCUGUCCGACAAGAGCAGUGGAAUGUCUCCCAUGAUUGCCAAACCAGCCAUAGCCACAACUGGUUGACCCCUCCAUCGGAGCCGGGAGACAAAAUGGACCGAAGCUUUGAAGAAGAUAUACCGUACAGUACAUACCAUAGCAUGUCCACCCGUUGUUUUGUCACCCAGAAUAGCAGCAACAGCUGGCAAGCGCCCCCGCACUCACGCCAGUACCGUGACGCACAUACCGAGACAAGCCAGGGACGAAUUGGAACGGAGAGAUACAUCGAGAUCCCGCCAUUCAGAACAAUGCCAUACACGUCGGACGGAUCAUCAGGACAGUCGACAGGAGGAUCGUCAGCUCGGCCAUGGAUGCCUUCCUGCACCAUCGUCAUGUGGUGUACAGAACAUCAGAACUACUAUGAAGUACAUGUCAUGUCUUGA